CCCGUCUCCCUCCCCCAGUUUUACUCCCAGAUCGAUUUUUCUUUCCACGCGCAAAUCCGCCUCCGCUUUCCCCAUUUUCCCUGCGUAUUUUAUUGAGUCUCGAUUUCCUCGAUUAGUUUUUGAAGUGCAGAGGUGGUUCACGUACAACCGCCGCUAACCGCGCGCGCGCGCUGCCCGGAGCGACGACGCGCGGCGCGGGCCGGCCGAGGAGAGCGCGCCGGAUUCGUGCGGUGGCCUGACCUAGGGUUUCGCCGCGAGAUGGACGGCCGGGAUCAGCCGCAGCAGCAGCAGACGCCGCUGCCGCUGCCGCUGCCGCCGCCGCCGCAGCAGACGACGCCACCGCCGACGCCGCAGACGCAGACGCCGCGCGUGAGCUCGCCGCCGCCGGUGGCCCCCGGCGUCAUGAUGCCGCAGCACGCCUACGGCGCGAUGCCGCCGGGCUCCGCGAGCGUCAUGCACGGGAUGCCGCUCGCCUUCAACCCCAUGGCGUCGCCCGGGGCCUCGCAGGCGGCAUUGAAGCCCGCGGACAUGCCGCCGCUCGCCAUGUACCGGCCCGAUUCCACCCCGCCGGGCAUGCCGCAGUCCGUCGGCGGCGGCGGUGGCGCCCUGGUGGUCAGCGUCAGCGGCAGCGGCAGCGGCGGGGAGCUCGUGAAGAAGAAGAGGGGAAGGCCGAGGAAGUACGGGCCGGACGGGACCAUGGGCUCGGCGGUGAAGGCCGAGGCGGGCGGGCAGUCUGGUGGCGCGGGCUCCAACUCGAAUCCUGACGGGAAGCGCAGAGGACGGCCCCCGGGAUCUGGCAAAAAGAAACAGCUCGAUGCCUUAGGUUCAGCUGGGACAUCAUUUACUCCUCACAUAAUAACUGUCAAGCCUAAUGAGGAUGUUGCUUCGAAAAUAAUGUCUUUUUCACAACAAGGCCCACGUACUACAUGUAUAAUCUCAGCAAACGGUGCGCUGUGCACAGCAACACUCCGUCAACCAGCAACCUCUGGUGGCAUAGUGACAUAUGAGGGCCACUUUGAUAUUCUCUCUCUGUCGGGCUCAUUUCUGCUGGCAGAGGAUGGUGACACUCGUAGCAGGACAGGUGGUCUGAGUGUUGCUCUGGCUGGAAGCGAUGGGCGUAUUGUAGGAGGUUGUGUUGCAGGAAUGCUUAUGGCUGCAACGCCUGUCCAGGUUGUGGUGGGCAGCUUCAUCGCCGAAGGUAACAAAAAGCCCAAGGAAGAACAACCGAAACGCGAGCCAACAUCUGCGCCGAUGCUUACAUCUGCGCCGAUGCAGACGCCUGCUGGCUUCGGUGCAGCCUCAGCUGCUGCUACGCCAUCAGAUGGAACAUCAAGUGACCAUUCUGAUGACCCAGGGAGCCCUAUGGGACCCAACGGUAGCACGUUCAACAAUGCAGGCCAUCCGACACACGCUUCAUAUGCUCCGGUGGGCUGGUCCCUCUCCGGGAACCAAGGCCGCUACGACCCAGACAUGAAGAUGGUGACCGACUAAUGGCUCCCCGAUUUGCAGCAGCUUUAUUCUCUAGUAUUUGACCUAGUAGAGUGUAGGGUUUCCUGCACCGGCGCCAACAAUUCAUUGUCGGCCAAUAAUCCGGUGUGCUAGAGGUAGUCGGAGAGCCUUUCAUGGAAGGCCUGAGGAGCAAAAAUAAGUAGCAUUGUCUUGCCCUGUUAAUGUUGCUUUUAGUUUGUAUCUCUUAUCUGCUUUCUCAGUUAGUAGCUUAUGCUUGGAGUUGUUAUAUCCUAAUCAACGGUUUCUAUUACCCAUGAAUUUGUAUUUCAGUCUAGUAUCUGCAUGCACCAGUUUUGAAUGCCA